UGACCUUCGGGGCGCCCCAACUGUGGUCAUGGCAUGUCUGGGUGCUGGCCUGGAACCCUACAAAGAACAAACUCUUCCAAAAAGAACGAGACCCUCAAGCAGAAGAACCCACAAUAACCUUGGGUUUGUUCUACAUGCCAACUAAAGAUGACCACCUGAUCUUUAGGACAUUCUUACCCCUGCCACCGCUUGUCUGGGUGCUGGCCUGGAACCCUACAAAGAACAAGAUCCUCAAGCAGAAGAAACCGAAAACAUUGAGUUUGUUCUACAUGCCAACUAAAGAUGACCACCUGAUCUUUAGGGCGUUCUUACCCCAGACAUGGCUUGCCUCGGUGCUGGCCUGGAACCCUACAAAGAACAAACUCUUCCAAAAAGAACAAGACCCUCAAGCAGAAGACACCGGAAUAACAUUGAGUUUGUUCUACAUGCCAACUAAAGAUGACCUCUUGAUCGUUAGGAUGUUCUUAGCCCAUACAUGGCUUGUCUGGGUGCUGCCUGGAACCCAACUCAUUUCUCAAAAAGGAGACAGAGACCCUCAAGCAAAUAAGGAAACAAUUUGGUUGGCCCACAUACCAACCAAAGAUGACCUCUUGAUCUUUAGGGAGUUCUUCAUGCAGGCAUGGCAUGUCUGGGUGCUGGCCUGGAACCCCACAAAGAACAGACUUAUCAGAAGGAGAAAAACCCUCCCAGUUGGGGAAGAAGCCACUAAAACAUUGGGUUUGUUCUGCAUGCCAACCAAAGAAGUCCUCCUGAUCUUUCUGGAGUUCCUGCUGUGGGCAUGGCAUGUCUGGGUGCUGGCCUGGAACCUACAAAGAACUAGCUCCUUGCACUAUGUGACAAGGGGGACCCCGUUAACCAGAUGCAGGGCAGGACCCUGACAUUUGACCCCAUCUAUCCUGAAGGCAUAAGCUGUAUCAUUGCAGCGCAAUAUGCGGCCCAACCCUCCAGUGCCACAUGGGGAUACAAAAAAAUUUGACACUAUUGACCCAACCCUGGUGCAUCGAAAUAGAUGAAAUCAUUGACCCUGGGUAGGGCCGUAUGACACGUGUCCUGUAUGACAGUGGACUGCAGACCAUCCUUGGUAAUAAAUAUGGCUCAGUCUGUAUAAUUUAUGGUCCUGCCAAAAAAUAUUGGAAACUUGAAGUUUUUAGCAUCCAGUGUUGACAUUAUCUCUGUGGACAUGUCCUGGUAUCACUGCCCCCCGGGGUGUGCUGUGUCUGCAGGGGGUUUCUCUGCUGUCUGACUUCUGUCUGUGUGACAGCUGUGCCUGGCAUUCAUUUUCCUCCGACACCCCGCACUGUUCCCCCCUCCUUCAUUCAUAGCCACAGGUUCUAAAUGUAACAGAUUCUGUGCUACAUUUCUGUGAUUUCAGUCUGUAAAUGAAUGGGGUGUAGAUAUGGGGUGGGUGCCAUGCUGGUGUCAUCUCGUGCCCAUUACUACUGCAUGAGAUUAAUAUGUGAGAUUGCUAGAACAGUCUGCUGUUGCCAUCUCUAGCCUCCAUAUUUUUGCACUCCUCACUAAACUGAUUGUUGAAUUUUACAAA